AUGGAACUCUUCUCUACACAGGGUAGAUUCAUCCCCAACUACAAAUGUGAUAGUCAGAAAAAUCCAGUGGCAGUCAUUGGGGGACCUAUAUCUGAAGUCUGUCUCCACAUGGCAGAUAUCCUGUGCAUCUACAAGACUCCACAGUUCAUUUAUGGCUCUGCUCCUGUGAUCGACAAGGAAACUCAGGCUGUUUUCUAUCACCAGAUGUUCCCGAAUUUGGAGUGUCAAUAUAAGGCAAUUCUCCAGAUGCUGCUGUAUUUCAAGUGGACGUGGAUUGGGGUGAUGUCUGGGCAUGAUGACAAUGGAGAGAGGCUUGAACAGAAUGUGGUCCCCAUGUUUGUCCAGCAAGGGAUCUGCUUUGAUUUCAUAUUAAGAAUCCCCAAAAUGUCUUAUUCCAAUGACAUUGAUGACAUGGUGGAAGAGGGAUUUGAAAUCAACAAGGUUGUCAUGGGAAGCACUGUUAAUGCAUUGGUCAUUCAUGGUGAAAUUGAUACCAUGAUCAUCUUGAGGAUAUUCCCCAGGCUUUCUGAAUAUGAGGAUAUACCAACAAAGAAAAAAGGUAAAGUCUGGAUUAUGACAGCCCAGAUGGAUUUCAUAUCCAUUCCCCUUCAAAGAGAUUGGAACAUAGACUUCCUCCAUGGUGCUAUCUCCUUUGCGGUUCACUCCAGCGAGGUCUUGGGAUUUCAAAAAUUUCUUCAGAUGAGAAACCCUACCAUGGAAAAAGAAGAUGGCUUUAUCCAAGUCUUCUGGGAACAGGCUUUUGGAUGUUUGUUCCCCAACUCUAUGGUCAAUGGGCAGUUUGGGGAAAUCUGCACUGGGGAGGAGAAGCUGGAAACUCUUCCUGCAUCUGUUUUUGAAAUGAGCAUGACUGGCCACAGCUACAGUGUCUACACUGCUGUCUAUGCUGUGGCACAUGCUUUGCAUGUCAUGCAUUCAUCUAAAUUCAGGCGCAGAGUGCUAGUGAACGAAGGAGGACUAAAGUGUUGGAAUCAGCAACUGUGGAAGCUCAACCACUUUGUGAAAAGCAUGUCAUUUAAUAACAGUGUUGGGGGAAAAGUUUCCUUCAAUCAACAUGGAGAGUUAGAGGCUGGGUUUGAUAUUAUAAAUUGGGUCACAUUUCGAAACCAGUCUUUUCAUAGAGCCAAAGUUGGAAAGAUCGAUCCCAUGGUACCCCAAGAAGAAGUGUUCACCAUUUGUGAGGAAGCCAUCGUGUGGCCCAGCAGGUUUAACCAGGUACAGCCCCUUUCUCUUUGUAAUGCCAACUGCCUUUUGGGUUAUCAUAAGGCAGAGAAAGAAGGAAAGCCAUUUUGCUGCUAUGAUUGCCUUCUAUGUCCAGAAGGGAAGAUUUCAAACCAGACGGAAAUGGAUGACUGCUUUCAGUGCCCACAAGAUCACUACACGAACAUGGACCAGGAUUCCUGCAUUCCUAAGAAUAUAAGUUUCUUAUCUUUUGGAGAACCUUUGGGGAUCACAUUGGCCAGUUGUGUUCUUUUCUUUUCUGUCAUCACAACUUUGGUACUUUGGAUCUUCAUUAAGCACCGGGACACUCCCAUAGUCAAAGCCAACAACCGGAACCUCACCUACACUCUCCUCAUCUCCCUCUUGCUCUCCUUCCUUUGUGCUUUGCUAUUUGUUGGCCGACCUGAGAAAGUGAUGUGUCUCCUUCGACAAACAGCUUUUGGCAUCAUCUUCUCAGUGGCAGUUUCUUCUGUGCUGGCCAAGACUAUCACUGUGGUUCUCGCUUUCAUGGUAACCAAACCAGGAUCCAGCAUGAGGAAAUGGGUGGGGAAACGACAAGCCACCUUCAUUGUUCUUUCCUGCUCCUUUAUUCAAGCUACUCUUUGUACUUUAUGGCUGGCAGCCUCUCCUCCAUUCCCAGACUUUGAUAUGCACUCAAUGAAUAAAGAAAUUGUUCUGGAAUGCAAUGAAGGGUCUGUCACCAUGUUCUACUGUGUCUUGGGCUACAUGAGCUUGUUAGCCACUGUCAGCUUCACUGUGGCUUUCCUAGCCAGGAAGUUGCCUGAUAGUUUUAAUGAAGCCAAGUUCAUCACCUUCAGCAUGUUGGUGUUUUGUAGUGUUUGGUUGUCCUUUGUUCCAACUUACUUGAGCACCAAGGGCAAAUAUAUGGUGGCUGUGGAGAUCUUCUCCAUCUUGGCCUCCAGUGCAGGCUUACUGGGCUGUAUAUUUUUCCCAAAAUGUUACAUUAUUGUGGUAAGGCCUGAACUGAACAACAGGGAGCAGCUAAGAAAAAGAAAUGGGCACAUCUAA